GGAAUAAAGGGAGUGCUAUAUAUGCCUUGAACUAUUUCGUUUAUCUUUUAUUGUGUUUCACUAUUUAUUUGUAUGUGGUAUGGUACUCUUUGUUAAGCUAGCAAGUUCCAUGAGUUUAUUUAUCAAUGUACAAUUUGGAGUGGUAUAUUUGAUUAGCCCGUUUUCCUUAGGCGUCGCUUGUAGCUAACUGCUAACAUACAAAAGUAAUUAAGUAUGUAUAAAAUUGAAAAGAUGGCGAGUCAUGAGAGAGAGCAAUGUGGCAAACAAACUCUAUAUUAGCAUUCAAAAGUAAAGUACUAACAUACAAAGCUUGUUAGCUAGUGGUUGCUGAAUAACAUACAAAAGUAAUAAAGUAUUAAGUACAUGGAGUAUAAGUUAUGUAGCUAGGACCACAAACAACACAUGAUCUAUGCAUGGUAUGCAUGCAAACCAUGCACUUACUGCAAGCAAGUAGGCCAGCCAAAGUCCAUCAUGCAUAUAUGUAUGGACAUCAUGGUUUAUUAUUAAAUAGGUCAUUAGACAAUUGCUUGCGUUACACAAUGUACAAAAGAAAUGUAGGAUAUUAAGCUAAAAUACAAAAUUCUCCAGCAGGAAAGGCGCCGAAAGUACACUUAGUUUGCUAGCAAUGGAUCGAGUACUUAUCUACUGAUCUAGUCAUCAAUCCAUGCAUCCAUCCAUCAUUAAACCACGUAGCAUGUAUUGGCUGGAAUCAAGCUAUCACAUAUAUGCGUGAAUCUAAAGCAAAACAAACUCCUCGAUAUAUCUUGCACACAUCUAGAGCUAACCGUCCGUUGAUCAGCUAGCUAACUUAGAGAUAGAUUAGCAUGUAUGACACAUCAAUUUGAAAUCAUGAUGCAUAUGCAUGGUAUAGGAGAGGACAAACAAAUAUAUGUUCAAUUAACAAGCAAGUCAAUUCGUGACAUGACUAAUAUGUUACGCAAAUAAACUGCACUACUUUAUCUUGGUUGUCUUUAGCAUAAGAAGUGUGGAAUGCAUGGUUUAGCCUUGUGAGCCCCACAUAUAUUAAAGCUAGCUGUUUCACUGGAAAAGAUACACGCAAGGCUAAAAGAUUUCACCAAACCCACAAGAAACUAAUAAACCUUUUUUUCUUUCUUCAACUCUUUUUCGUCUCCCUUCUCAACAAUACAGAUAUCAUAGAAACCAGAAUCUUUUAGGCCUAUAUAAACCACCCCACCUUGCAUACUAUGUUCAUCCUCGUGUCAUAUUGUGUUCAUCUUCAUACUACCAACCAAUUAGUGCUAAUAGGUAGCAUUUUCUGUAGUUGCAGCUCAAGUAAGGUCUAUUAUUCAGAGCAACGAAGGGAAGGAAUGGAGCAAACUUUGGACGUACCUAGAUCGUUGAGACUACUGGCGCCAAAAGCUCAACAACAAAUGGAUGAAUUUUGGAGGGAUCGACAAAAGGAGAUUGAAACAACAAAGGACUUUAGCGAGCAUGCGAUCCCUAUGGCCCGCUUGAAGAAGAUCGUAUCUUCUCAAAAGGGUAACAUGAUGAUGACCUUUGACAUGCCAGCAUUCUUAUCGAAGAUGUGUGAGCUCUUCGUACAAGAACUUGCUGUGCGUGCAUGGGCAUCUGCUCAAUCCCAUAAUCGUUGCAUCAUACUAGACACGGAUAUUGCUAAAGCCAUUGCCUCCACAGAGUCUUAUGACUUUCUUGUUGAUAUCCUCCAUAAUCAUCGUGUGAAACACAAAUCCACUCCUUGUUCUACACUUACUACAAAGCGUUGUAGGUUAGUCGAUCAACCUUCCACAUCUCACAUGCCCUACCAACAUCAGCUGCCACAAUUUGCUCCUACAUAUACUCCGGCCAUCCCUAUUACUCCUAGUUUAAUGCCACCAAUUUCUCACUAUAUACCGUUCCAAUAUCCAUCCUUAUCACAAGAAGUGUCCCCGAUGAUGGCUUCUGCACCCAUAGUGAAUAGAUCAAUGUUGCUCAUUCACAACAUAGCAAGGGGUCUAGGCUUACAAGGAAACAAUAUCAGCACGUUCGCCAACAAUAAUAUCCCAGACAAUAUUGUUGGUUGUAGUAGCCCCACAGUUCUUGCAAGUAUGAUGAGUCCUGCUUUACUAGAAGUUGCAGGGACAUCACUAAAUCCACCAAACUCUCAUUCCAUCUGCACAAUGAACAUGAUCAACUCGAGUGAUCCUAGUGGAUCUAGUAUUGGUGACAUUAAUGUUGCAAAUCAAGCAAGUCUUGCUCCCUCUGGACGUUUUAACCCUGCUAUCCUUCGAGAGUCAUCAUGUCCUUCGUUCUUACAUAGUAACAAUGACACAAUUGUUGCUAUACCGGAGGGUGUAGAUAUUAGUGGCACCAUGGAUGUUGCUAGUGAUGUUGCUGCUAUAGUUAUCAAUGGUCAAGAAGAACAUGAGAGGGAAACAAAUGUUGAGCAUCAUCAGCAAAAUGAGAUAUAUGAAAGCAUUGAUAUAGGAAUAAUCAAUGCAAGUGUUGCGGAUGAUAAUAAAUAUAGUAUUAGCUGGGAUGAAUUGGGAAUGGCUGAUGAUUCAUUGCUAGACAAAUUUUUGGAGGAGUUUCAAGUAAGAAAUGACGGUGUUUUGCGCACUGGGAUUGAGUUGCAUGAAGACCCAUUCCUUGGUGACGUGAUGUUAGCAAACCCAAGUACAAGCAAUGCCAAUAAGUAAUUUAGUUGGCAAGUUUUGUUUAUAUCUCUUUUGUAAGAAUGAGGUUGUAACUUUUUCUUGUUGAAUAUAAUGUUGCAGCGGCGGACCUAUGUGGGGUGCCGGGUGUGCACCGGCAUAAAAAUAUAGUAUGUAGUAUUAGCAGCGGGCCAAAUCAAUAGAUUGGUGCCUCGUUGGAUCAAAAGCAAGGCCUACAAGGCCCAACGUGCUAGCAGGGAGGCAGCCCAAUCUGCUAGCCAAUGUGCCAUGUGCUGCUAGAGUCUGGGAGAAAAUUGGAUUAUAUUAUCGUAAAAGAGUGGUUUCGUUAAAAUGCUAUCGCUUCAAACUGAUUCACUGGUAUGUUAUGCCAUCCUAAACUGAGAGGUUUCACCAAAAUGCUAUUUUCAUUCUUUUGUGUGAAUAUAAAUAUUUUUUCUCAAUUUUAUAUUUUUCCUAGACCAAAAUGCCCCUGACGCGGGCCCCACCUGUCAUACACUCUCCCCUCUCUUUCCCCUCUUCCUCCCCCACCAUCCCGAUCUCUAGCGAGGUCGCUCCACCAGCGGCCGCACCAGAAGCCGCCGGCGACCGACUCGCCCAAAACCCUCGCGCCGGCGGCCGGGCCACGGCGCGGCGUGCCGCCCCUACCCCCAUCCUAUCGCGGCCUCGCCGCCGCCACCGGUGUGGCCGCGCCAUGUUCCCCGGCCCCUCCUCCUCAUCCGCCGCCGCCGGCCCCGGGUUCACCGAGAAGAACGGGCUCCAUGUCGAUCCCAUGGCCGCCGCUGCCUGGAGCGGUGGGCGCACCAACGGCAAGGAGGAUGCGGAGAUGGUGCUUGCCGACCAGGAGGAGCUCGCCACUCCGAGCGCAUCGGCCGGUGUUGGCGGACGCGAAGGGAGGCGGCGACGCGAGUGGAUUGGGGGAGGAGGGAGGGGAGGAGCAAGUGGGGGAGCGGCGGGGGCCAGCGCCGGCGCCGGAGCCGGAGUCGAUGCGGAGGGGCGCUAGAGCCGAUGCCGAAGACAGAGAGAGCACCAACGGUCGUUAAAUCCCCUCCUCGCCGGCGAGACUCUCCCUUCAACUCAUCGAUCUCUCGCUCUCCACUUCAUCUCGCACUCUCUCAGCCAACGAUUCCUCGCAAAUCCUUGAAGAGAUCGUGAGAAAGCUUCUUCUUGCUUGUGCUUGCGGCAAUGGCGGGGGUGCACACGCACAGGGCAUUCCUGCUCUGCAACUACCUGCUUCUUGGCGUUUCUGGAUCGAUUCGAUCUGGUCAAAGAGAUAAGAGAGAAGGGUAUUUUGGUCAGGACAAAAAAAUAAAAUAGAGUAAAAUCAUUUCUAUUAAAAAAAGACCAAAAUAGCAUUUUAGUGAACACUUUUAGGAUUGCAUUAUCCAGCGAAACCAUUUUACGACAGUAGAAUCGCAAUUUUCUCGUCUCUAGGGUUCCUCUUUUCCCAAUCCCUUUCUCAGUUUCUCGUGCACUGCGGCGGCCGGCGGUGGUGCCGUGGUGGCGACUGGCAAUGGGCGCCGGGCGGCGGCCGGCGGGUCGGCGAUUCGGCAUGGGUUCUGUGGCGCUGGCAGGCCAGCCCGGCAGCAACAAGGCAGCUGCUCAGCUUGGUAGCUCCUAGUCCUCAGCUCAGUCGCUCAGCAGUCCAUCCAGCUGCAGGCAGUAGGCACUUAGGCAGAGGUCAAGUUGAAUUAAUUUGUCAGAUAUAAAAAGGAACAACAGAAAUAUGGGCAUACUUUCUUUAUUGAGCAAGGUCCCUAAUUCAGAUUCUGCAUCUCCUAGGACAGGGCUUCACAUUUCUCAUGGGGUAACUAUAGGAAGGAAGAGUAACUGAAGAAACUCGAGAAAAUGAGACUUUGCAAUUGGUGUUGUUUUCUUCUUCUUCAAUCCCAACAGAGGAAUCACCACACGCUCAGGCUUCACCAACACCACCACCAGUACAGCCCCAAAAUGAAGAGCAAGAAGAUAUAACUGUAGGUAGUGGUAGAGCAUCAAAUUCAACUUCAAGAGCAUCUAAUUCAAUUCGGAGUGAGGAGCCCCAAAAUGAACUAAUUGUACUACAUUUGGAUAAUUUAAGAUGUAACUGUACUUUUGUGCUUGAGGUUUUUGUUUUGGCUUGCUGUAGGCACACCCAGGAUAAAAAUCCUGGGUUCGCCACUGCUUUAAUCAGUCAAAAAUGGGGCAGGAAUGUGUAUCAGAUUAAUCAUCAAGUGGGCAUUGAGAUGACCACCUGAGAGAAUUCAUUCACAUACGGUUGAAUAACAUACAGCAGAUUUAUUUAUAAGCUGAAAAGGUAGUACAUUGCUAAUUAGCUAAUUAAGAGGACAAUUUAAUACAUCAAUGAUGGACCCUGCACAUUACCAGCAUUACAUUGCAGUAGUUUUCAGUGAGCUUAAAAAUGAAUCAUCACAUCACGUAUGAAACAGAGUUGAUCCUCCAAUCCAAUAUGCAAAAGCCAUUGCGCAUAUGGACUCAUGUAUCAGCAGAGUCUCCUAUGCGCC